AAUGACUGAAGAUUGUGGCCGAAAGACCAGAAAGUCACAAAAUUUAUUGACAUUCUGUAAGAAGGCUGAACGGUACCAAUCCAAGACCAGUCUUUGGUUUUUUGCAAACCUGGCAACAAUAAGUGACAAGUGCUGUAGAUACUUGAUCAGCUCUUGUGCGACACCAUACGACAAAAGAUACUCGUAGCUGCAAAGCUGCGGACUCGAGCUUCGAGAUGCUCGUGUGGUUGUGGCAUUGCGCUGAUGGCAUUUUACGAUUAGCAUCCUCAGUCCAGCCUUCGCAGGCAGGUUUAUUGGAGUUCUCCUGUAAUGGUACCACUAGCUAGCUAGACUACACUCCGGUCCAUUCAAUGGUUUGUCCCACACCAGCUAGGUGCAGCUUUCCAAAGGUGGCUUCUUGCAGCUUGCAGCUCUUCUUACAUAGCGCGAAUGGUACAGUUCUGAUCCCACGAACCAUGAAUGAUCAGUCAUCUUCGGUUCGGUAAUACAAAAGAAGCAUAAGUUUUUCCCCCAUCGCUACUUCAGACUUCAGACUCUCUCUCUCUCUCUUAUAUCACAAACCGGCAAUAAAAGAGAUCCGUCGUUCUGCCAGCUCAAGUGGCCAAAACGCUGCCAACUCGAGCAAUAAACUCCAUUUCUUUUGUGCCAAGUGCUUUUCACAAAUUCCAAACGCUGCAUUUGAAAACAGCAACUCCAGCUCUAGUUCUUUCAAGCUACCAAACAUCACUUACUUCUACAAUGUGCCAGCCAACUCAAGAACCCAAGCAGCAGCAGUCCGAUGAUUCCUCUUGCCAUUACCGGCGACAGGUCUCGGACUUGGGAAUGGAAGACCCCGUGGCUUUUAUUCGCUCCAUCAAGGAAGACGAGGAAGACGAACUGGACUUGGCCGAGUUGAUGUCAAUGAGUCAACCAACUAUGGUGACCAAGUCUUCUUCUUGUUCUGGUUCACUCGGUUCCUCGUGCUUGAAACUCAUGUCGGAAUCUUUCACCAACGGCAGCUUCAGUAAUCACGACGAGUCCUUGACGGAGAACCUUGAUGACGACGAAAGCAACGUGGAUGAGGAGCAAACAACGACCAAGAAGAGAAGGCCCCGAAAGUUGCCUCAACGAAUGGGAUCGGGCUACGUGCGAGGGGAGGGAUUGCCUCGAAGUAACAGCACUGGAAAGAUUCGAAGAAGCUUGCGAACCAGCAUCAUCAAGUCCAACAAUGGGUUGGCCGUAUCCGCCACAGCCCUAAAAGAAAAGCGCCUGAGCGUUGCACAGCCAGGAGGGAUGCGGAGGAUGGUCACAUCUUAGAGAGGAUAGUAACCGUUUACUACUAGUAGCUGUGUCAUACGAUU